CUUAUCCAUAUUUCUGCACCCACCACCCAUCUAAAGUUCGACAUACACCUAAAUCAAUAACCUCUUCUCUAUCUUUAUUCAUCUCAAAACAGUCCAUAAGCCAGUACCCAUCUUCAGUUCUUCAAUUCCUUAAUUCAUCAUGGCCAUGGCAACUCAAGCCUCUCUCUUCACACCCACCACUCUUUCCACCCCAAAAUCAAGUAACCAUGCAAUUGUACCAUGGAAGCAAUCAUCAUUUCUUUCAAUCCCAACUGCUAAGCCACGUAAGUACUCAAUAGCGCAAAAGACUAUCAAGGCUGCAGCUGCAGAGGGCAAAACUAAGGAGGCCCCUGUUGGCUUUACACCCCCAGAAUUGGACCCAAGUACCCCAUCGCCAAUAUUUGGUGGCAGCACUGGCGGGCUGUUAAGAAAAGCCCAAGUUGAAGAAUUUUAUGUCAUAACCUGGGAUUCACCAAAAGAACAGAUCUUUGAAAUGCCUACUGGUGGUGCAGCUAUUAUGAGACAAGGUCCUAACUUGCUUAAGUUGGCUAGGAAAGAACAGUGCUUGGCUCUUGGUACUAGACUUAGGUCUAAGUACAAGAUUAAGUACCAGUUUUAUAGAGUUUUCCCUAAUGGAGAAGUCCAAUAUUUGCACCCUAAAGAUGGGGUGUACCCUGAGAAGGUUAACCCCGGACGUGAAGGUGUAGGGCAGAAUUUUAGGUCAAUCGGAAAGAAUGUUAGCCCGAUUGAGGUCAAGUUUACUGGGAAGCAAGUGUAUGAUUUGUAAUGAUUUGGUAAUAUCCCGUAUUUGUGAGUAUAGAUUACUUUUACUGUGAUUUGGUGUAAUUGUAUUUUUAUUUAUUUUUAAGAAGCUGCUGGUGAAGCAAAUAUUGGGUGCUGAAA